CCCUACGUCCCCCGCCUCUCCGCUUACUAGUCUGUUUGUGUAAUUUCGAGUGAGAAAGCGCUCGUCCCGGUGACGUCACUGCCCGGGGUUUCCACACGCGAGACCGCUGGAGUGUGAGAGCUCGACGGCGUCAUGGCGGAGGCCGGCAGUAGCAGGAUUCGCAGCUGAACUGUCUACAGUCGGCAUUAUUUUAAUAAAACGAGCACUGUGUCUCCAUAAAAAAAACAGAAGGAGAAACGAGAAGUAAAAAUAAUUUUAUUAAUUUGAAAGGAGAACCCAAGGAAACCUUCCCAGCAGCCAAGUCGGAUUGUUUGGCGUAGCUCAGCACGGGAGCUAGCUAGCUAGCUAGCUGCUAGCAAAGAAAAAAUUGUUAGCAAGCUAGCUAGCUACAAAAAAGGACCUCAGAAGUCAGACGGAGACGGGAGCCAGACUGGAACCUCACUUGAGCCAGUAUUACCUGGAUGAGGCAGAUUUCUUCAAAUGAAGACAGCAGAGCUCUAACAAGACGGUUUUUGACAAUUAUGUGCACGUCAUUCUUUUAAUAAAAAAGGAAGUGUUAUUCACCCACAUGAAACGCCUUUCUAGUUGCUUGUAAUUGCAUUCCACCACUCAGGGUUUAUUAGUUGUUAUAAUAAUGUCAGAAAGGGAUGUAGAAAAGGUGAUUCUUCUGGGAAAGUGGAAAAGGGGUGAUGUGAUUUGGCAGAAGUGUAGAUUUUGUCAAUAUAUAGAAGUAGAUUUAGGUGGAAAAGAAACUGAAUAAUUUAAAUCUGUUCCCCAACUUAAGUGUGUGUGUGUGUGUGUGUGUGUGUGUGGUUAAAAACUGGGUCCAGGUCCCACUGCCAUUUCUUUCACAUGUUCUUAAACAUCUGCUUAUAGCUUGUUGUUCAUCAAUAUGGCACUCCAGGAAUCUGGUUGAUGCAAUGAAAAUGUUGACCUGUUUUGUUCGUUUUAUUGCUCUCCUGCCAUUUCCAAAACAUCCUCUAACUCAGUGACUGAAAAAUCAUUGGAAGAUUUAAAUUGAGCAGGGCCUUCCAAGUUGUGCAAAAUAAAUCUUCAAGUACACGCAUAUUACAUAUCUUAAUGUUAUGUAAUGUACAAAUACCUUAAAUGCUACAGUUGGGUAAACUGGUAUCUCUCAGUUGUCUAUUGCAGGGUUCCCCAAUUUUGGUCCUGGAGGGCCAGAAUCCAACACAGUUAGAAGAUUUGCCUGCUGAAAUGCACCUUAAUCAAUUACCGAUUAAUGAAUUGCCAGGUUUGGCAGGUGAACUACACUGAAUAAAGGGCAUUUGUGCACAGCAUCACGAGCACGUAAACUGACUUGGAUCAAUCAUACUGAGACCUCGUUUCAGAGACUGAGAUGGAUGGACACAGUGAAGACGAAAGUGUGAGCAACAGCAGUGCACAAUCAAGUAAUUCUGAUGAUGAGUCUGGAUCUGGAUCGGGGUCUGGGUCAGACUCGAGCUCCAGUAGCAGCAGCAGCAACAGCAGCAGCCAAUCAGGGAGCAGCGACUCAGGAAGUGGUUCUGACUCUGGCAGCCAAUCAGAUUCAGACUCUGAGAAGUCGAAAGAGAAGAACCAACAGGAAAACAAAACUGUCAAGAUCGAUGGGGCAGAGUUCUGGAAGUCGAACCCAAGUAUUUUGGCUGUGCAGCAAUCAGCCAUGCUCAGGAAACAGCUCCAGCAGCAGCAAGCACAGCAGCAAAGCUCAUCGAACAGUGACUCUGAUGAGGAUUCGUCGAGCAGCGAUGAUUCUGAUUCAUCAAGUCAGACUAAAAGGAAACGAAAGCAUAAAGAAUCGGGGUCUGGAUCUGAUUCUGGAUCUGGGUCGGAUUCUGGAAGUGAUUCCGACUCUGACUCUUCAGAGGAUGCGGAGAACACAGACGAGACGGUUUCAGACUAUGAGCCAAGUCACAAAGUCAAGAGCAGGAAGCCUCCUAACCGGGCUAAUGCCAGAAAUGGCAAAAAAGGCAAAGUACAGAGGAAAAAGCAGUCGGAUUCCUCUUCAGACGAGGAUGAAUAUGACAAAAAGUCAUCAGGACCCCGUCGUCAAGCAACGGUUAACGUGAGUUACAAGGAAGACGAGGAAAUGAAGACUGACUCUGAUGACCUGGUGGAGGUCUAUGGGGAAGAUGUUCCUCAGCCUGAAGAGGAUGAGUUUGAAACUCUAGAAAAAGUGAUGGACAUGAGAAUAGGCAGGAAAGGAGCAACUGGGGGCACCACGACAGUGUAUGCUGUGGAGAUGGAUGGGGAUCCCAAUGCUAACUUCAUGCCCAACAAAGAAGUGGGUGACCAGCAGUACCUGAUCAAGUGGAAAGGGUGGUCUCACAUACACAACACCUGGGAAACAGAGGAGACCCUCAAGCAGCAGAAUGUCAAGGGGAUGAAGAAGCUGGACAACUUUAAAAAGAAGGAGCAGGAAAGGAAGAAAUGGUUAAAAACGGCAUCACCUGAAGAUGUUGAGUACUACAACUGCCAAAAGGAACUAAUGGACGAUCUACACUCUCAGUAUCAAAUUGUGGAAAGGAUAAUAGCGCACUCAAAUCAGAAGUCUGCGGCGGGGUAUCCCGACUACCUGUGCAAGUGGCAGGGUCUCUCCUAUUCCGAGUGCAGCUGGGAAGAUGGGGCACUCAUAUCCAGAAAGUUCCAGAAGUGCAUUGACGACUACAUGAGCCGGAACCAGUCCAAGACUAUUCCGUUCAAGGACUGCAAGGUUUUAAAGGUGAGACCCAGGUUUCAGCCCAUGAAGAAGCAACCAGCUUAUAUUGGUGGGGAUGGACUGGAACUUCGGGACUACCAGCUGGACAGCUUGAAUUGGAUGGCUCACUCUUGGUGCAAGGGAAACAGCUGCAUCCUUGCAGAUGAGAUGGGCCUUGGCAAAACCAUCCAGACCAUCUGCUUCCUGAACUACCUGUUCAAUGACCACCAGCUUUACGGGCCAUUCCUGCUGGUGGUGCCUCUCUCCACUCUCACCUCCUGGCAGCGGGAGAUCCAGUUGUGGGCCCCCCAGAUGAAUGUGGUGGUCUAUCUGGGCGAUAUUAGCAGCAGGAGCAUGAUCCGGACACACGAGUGGAUGCACCCACAGAACAAGCGGCUGAAGCUCAACAUCUUAUUGACAACUUAUGAGAUUUUGCUCAAAGAUAAGUCGUUUCUGGGUAACGUGAGCUGGGCUUUCAUCGGGGUGGACGAAGCUCACCGGCUGAAGAACGACGACUCACUGUUGUACAAGACCAUGAUAGAAUUCAAGUCCAACCACAGGCUUCUGAUCACUGGGACCCCCCUGCAAAACUCGCUCAAAGAGCUCUGGUCGCUGCUUCACUUCAUCAUGCCGGAAAAGUUCCAUUCUUGGGAGCUAUUUGAAGAAGACCAUGGGAAAGGCAGAGACUCUGGCUACACCAGUCUCCACAAGGAACUGGAGCCCUUCCUGUUGCGCAGGGUCAAAAAGGAUGUGGAAAAGUCCCUCCCAGCGAAAGUAGAACAGAUCCUGAGGGUGGAGAUGAGUGCCAUCCAGAAGCAGUACUACAAGUGGAUAUUAACCCGAAAUUACAAGGCCCUCAGUAAGGGUAUAAAAGGGAGCACCUCUGGUUUCCUGAACAUCAUGAUGGAGCUGAAGAAAUGCUGUAACCACUGCUACCUCAUCAAACCCCCAGAUGACAACGAGUUUUAUAACAAACAAGAGGCCUUGCAGCAUUUGAUUCGUAGCAGUGGGAAGUUGAUCCUGCUGGACAAGCUGCUGGUUCGUCUGAAGGAGCGAGGUCAUCGCGUGCUCAUCUUCUCCCAGAUGGUCCGGAUGCUGGACAUCCUAGCUGAGUACUUGAAAUGCCGACAGUUCCUCUUUCAGAGGUUAGAUGGCUCUAUUAAAGGAGAGAUGAGAAAGCAAGCUUUGGACCACUUCAAUGCUGAGAACUCUGAAGAUUUCUGCUUCUUGCUGUCAACGAGAGCUGGAGGCCUUGGUAUCAAUUUGGCAUCAGCUGACACAGUGGUCAUCUUUGAUUCGGACUGGAAUCCCCAGAAUGACCUGCAGGCUCAAGCCAGAGCUCAUCGUAUUGGACAGAAGAAGCAGGUGAAUAUCUACCGGUUGGUGACAAAGGGGUCUGUUGAGGAAGAAAUUAUUGAAAGGGCCAAAAAGAAGAUGGUGCUUGAUCACUUGGUGAUCCAAAGGAUGGACACUACAGGAAAGACUGUUCUCCACACCGGCUCUGCUCCCUCUAGCUCCACUCCAUUCAACAAGGAGGAGCUGUCUGCCAUUCUAAAGUUUGGUGCUGAGGAGCUUUUCAAAGAGCAAGAAGGAGAAGAGCAGGAGCCUCAGGAGAUGGACAUUGAUGAGAUCCUCAAGAGGGCUGAGACGAGGGAGAACGAUCCAGGCCCUUCGACUGUGGGGGAGGAGCUGCUUUCACAGUUCAAGGUUGCAAACUUCUCCACCAUGGAAGAUGAGCAGAUAGAUAUGGAAGGCGAUGGCAAUUCCAAGGACUGGGACGAUAUCAUCCCAGAGGAUCAGAGGAGACGACUCGAAGAGGAGGAGAGGCAGAAGGAGCUGGAGGAGAUUUACCUCCUGCCUCGGAUGAGGAAUUGUGCCAAACAGAUAAGCUUUAAUGGGAACGAAGGCAGGCGCAGCCGUAACCGAAGGUAUUCUGGGUCAGAUAGCGACUCUGGAACGGACCGCAAACGACCCAAGAAACGAGGGAGACCUCGAACCAUCCCACGGGAAAACAUAAAAGGGUUCAGUGAUGCUGAAAUACGGAGAUUUAUCAAGAGCUACAAAAAGUUUGGUGGACCACUUGAACGGCUUGAUGCAAUUGCUCGCGAUGCAGAGCUAGUGGACAAAUCUGAACACGACCUGAAGAGGUUAGCGGAAACUGUACACAAUGGAUGUAUAAAGACCUUGAGGGAGAACCCCUCUGGGCCGGAGAGGAACUCAGGGGGCAGACGAGGGAAAGUGAAAGGGCCGACGUUUCGGAUCUCGGGUGUCCAGGUGAACGCCAAGCUGGUCAUCUCGCACGAAGAGGAGCUGGCGCCGCUUCACAAGUCCAUUCCUGCUGACCCUGAGGAGAGGAAGAGGUACACCAUUCCAUGCCAUUCGAAGGCAGCUCACUUUGACAUCGAAUGGGGGAAGGAAGACGACUCCAACUUGCUCAUUGGCAUCUACGAGUACGGUUACGGCAGCUGGGAGAUGAUCAAGAUGGACCCGGACCUCAACCUCACCCACAAGCUGCUCCCAGAUGACCCAGAUAAGAAGCCGCAGGCGAAGCAGCUGCAGACACGUGCCGACUACCUCAUCAAGCUGCUUAGCAAAGAUCUGGCUAAGAAGGAGGCCCAGCGGCAAACAGGCGCGGCCAGUUCCCGUAAGAGGAAGCCUAAUAAUAAAAAGAACAAGGCAAAGCCAGCAAAGGUGGAGGAGGUGGUCAAGAGUGAUUCCUCGCCGCCACCCUCAGAAAACAGCUCGGAGGAGGAGGAUGACAAGGAUGAGGAGAAGGAGAUUGUCCCGGUUAAGACCUCCAGCCGAAGAGCCAAGGUUGAAAGGCCGGUCAAGGAGCCAGAAGAGCCAGAGGAGGAAGUGCCCAUGAAGAAGGAGCCUGAGGAGAAGAAGGAAGUCAAAGAGAAGGAAAUUAAGAAAGAAUGCAAGAAGGAUAAGAAAGAGGAUGCCCGCGAUUUGAAAGACAAGAAGGAACCAAAGGAUAAGAAAGAAACUAAACCAGUGGAACUGACUCAUAAAAAGGAAGAAGUCAAAGAGGAAAAGGUUAACGAGGCAAAGGGCGAUACCCGGGAGAAGCUGAAGAAGCCAGCCGACACUCCGGUCCACAUCACAGCGGGCGGGGAGAAUGUACCCAUCUCUGAGGAAUCCGAGGAGCUUGACCAGAAGACCUUUAGUGUGUGUAAGGAACGCAUGCGACCAGUGAAGGCAGCCCUCAAGCAGCUAGACCGGCCAGAGAAGGGCCUGUCGGAGCGGGAACAGCUGGAGCACACGCGCCAGUGCCUGAUCAAGAUCGGUGACCACAUCACCGAGUGUCUAAAGGAGUACUCCAACCCCGAACACAUUAAGCAGUGGAGAAAAAAUCUGUGGAUAUUCGUUUCAAAGUUCACAGAGUUUGACGCAAGAAAACUUCAUAAGCUGUAUAAACAUGCAAUUAAGAAACGACAAGAGAACGCGCAGGCAGCGGAUCAGAACACUAGUACUGUAAAUACUCAAAGCUUUAAAAACGCAGACAUCGAGAGACUGAAGGACAGCUCACAACAAGAUGACAGCAGUAGGGACAGCUACAGCUCCGAUAGGCACCACUCGUCACGUUACCCUGAGCAUGGCAAAGACAGGCUCGCAGUGGACGCCUACAGGAAAAAUGCUGAUUCCAGGAAGAGGCCCUACUCAUCCUUCAGUAACGGCAAAGAACACCGGGACAGGGAUCACUACAGAUCGGACAGGCAAGAUGGCAGAUACUACAGUGACAGUAAACACAGGAAAAUGGAUGAUCACCGGUCCAGUCGAGACCACAGAAUAGACAGCAGCAUGAAGGACCGGUCCCAUUCAGAUCACCGCUCCAGCUCUGACCACCGAUCGCACUCAGACCACCGCUCGGGCUCCGAGUAUGGGCACCACAAAUCUUCCCGUGACUACAGGUACCACUCGGACUGGCAGGUGGACCACAGGGCGUCCGGCAGUGGACCCCGGUCUCCCCGGGACCAACGUUCGCCGUACGACCCCCGGUCGCCUUUCGAGUACUCGUCGGAUCACAAGAGCACCCCGGAGCAGACCUGGUGCAGCCGCAAGACAUAACAGCGGCUAACAUAUGCCGGCAAACUCGUUAGCCAUAGACCCAAAAGAACACAGUAAAUGCCUUAUGGAACUAGUGAAAGCUGUGCAGCGCACUGUGUAACUCUAGGGGGUGCCAUCUGUCUGGCCUCUCAAGAUUGCAAGACGUAAUAUCCCACUAAUGUUGGCUGGGGGGUUGGUGUCGGGGCGGGGGGGAGGACAUAUUUUUAUACUUAAGAGUAAUGCUACGUCAAAUGUGUCGUGGCAUUUAGGUAUUUUUUAUUUUUAUAAAACGGACGUCUUUUUUUACAUGGACACACACAACCGGCGUGCUGCCUGUGUCCCACCACCCGCAACACUGGAUCGUGGUAUCGGUUUUUAUUUCUCACGGAAAGUGGCUGUUGAAUCUAUUUAAGAGGUUUAAUGAGAGUAUAAUAAAGACGCGUAAGCUCACCAGUAAUCGUGCUCAGUCGCAUGGAGUUUUAAGGGGUUUCCAGAAGCCACCCGAAGGACGUCGGCUCACCUUCCAAAGUACCUCGUUUACAGUGUGUAUUGUGACCACCUGCAUAUAUAUAUUUUUUUGUGCAUCAUGCUUGAACUAUUUAAUUUGUUUCAGCUGUAAAAUAACCUGGAUUUUGUGAUCAAUUUAAAAAAAUGUCCUUUUUCACAAAAUGUACUACUGUAAAUUAUUGUAAAAUAGUAAAUUUGAAUGGGCUUUUUCCUCAGGCUUUGUUUUAUUUUUUUUGGACUCUACCUUUCCCCAUCAACUCAGGCUUUUUUUGUCAGUUGUAUAAAUGUAUCACUUUUUCUUAACCGCUAAUAAAAUUGCUCUUCAGAAUGUAACACUCGGGGAGGGGAAACCUAUUCCAUCCUUAUUCUCUGUAGCUAUUUUUAAGCUACCCUGUUUAUUUUAUUUACCUUAUCAAUCAUCAGUUGUGAAUGUUUUCAAAAGGUGAGUUUGAAACCCUUUAAUUACAUCAUGUCAUGUAAAAAUAGGAGGGUCUUUUAGAGAUAGAGGAUCCUAUUAGACCUGAAAUAAACUAGAACUUUUUUUAAGGAAAGUCCUUUUCUUAUUCCGUUUUUUUUUCUUUUAAAUGUAGGCAAUAAUAACAAAUGUUCUAUGCAGCCAAAUGUAUUUCUGGUGGAAAAUUCUAGGGAAAUCAAGAUACUGUUAUAGUGCACACUUGUAUAUAGAUUUCCUCUAUAUUUCAAAUCAAAUUUACACCGAAAAUGCAUGGGUUUUUCUAAGAAUUGUUUUAUAUAGUUGUUUAUAAAGUCAUUAAACUCAAUCACUGUACUCACGUUUAAUCUUGAGUUGUAUACAUAACCUUGUUUUGUGUAAGUCACAGUAUUUUUUUUUCUUUUCGCAACUGUUAGGGUGUGGAAAAUUUGAUGGAGACAGGUUUUUAAGACUGACUCUUCCCACCCUGCUUCCUCAAAUGGCUCCCAGAUCUAAACCACUGUAAUAAAUCUCAGGGAACAAG